ACGUUGAGAAGCCCACAGAACUCCUAAGGGAGCACAGGUAUAAAAGGAGAAGGUGCACCUCUCGCAGCAGCAGCAGAACUGCCACGGUAGUUGGGGAGAUCUGAACGAGUCUUGGUCCCAGUCCGCUGGGACCCUGCAUAGGUAAAGAACUAAGGAGGAAGGAACCCAGUCCAGUUCGCUGAAGCAACAAAAGCUGGCAAGAGAGCGAGAGAGAAAGAAGAAGUAUUUUUAACAGGGAAAGGAAAUCACGUAGCGAGCUGGGAAGAUCCCAUUUCCUCAGGGAACGGUCACUCCAGAAGGGUGAAGGAUGCUGCACAGGGCCAUCUUCCUCCUGUUCCUCCAUUUAGUCAUGUGCUCCAUCUCUUCUCCUCUCUACCCAGCUCUCAGGUACAAUCCACUGCCCAUCUCUAGCAAGACGGUGAGCUUUCAGCUACAGGACGGCAGUCCAGUGCAGAGCAACAAUCUCUCUGUGGAGCAGCAGCAGCAGGAAGAGGAGGGUUUUCUAGCCAACCCUGCUGAAAAAAGGAUGCAGCGUCAUGCUGAUGCCAUAUUCACUGACCACUACCGGAAAGUCUUGGGGCAGAUCUCUGCCCGGAAGAUCUUACAAACCAUUAUAGGCAAACGGCUGGGCGAACGCAGUCCAGGGGAAGGGGAGCAUGAAUUUUUGACCAGACGCCAGUCUGAGAGCAUCUUGAUGGACAGCCGCUACCACCAGCAGAUGGUAUUAAAGAAUUUCUUGGGAGCCAUAUUGCAGAAUCAAAGGCCUCAGGAUGUCAACAGUGAUCAUGUCAAGGACUUUGCCAACACCCUGGCCAAGCUCAUGAAACUGUAAAUCUCUCUCCCUUCUCCCCACCGUGCUCUGGAGUCAUUCAGAGAUCAUGGACCCAGCUGUAGAGUAAACAACCCACAGCAGCAAAGACAAGAUCCUGGACAUGAACAGCUGUAAUUCAUGCAUAUCCUUCUUGGAACCUAGAGACAUUUCAUAAAGGAAUAAGAUUGUUUUAAAAGUUACUAUGCCCAGGUUAAUUUGAAUCAGUCCUUAAAUUAAUUCCUCCCUACUUCCCUUCAGGUGUACUUGAUCAAACAGAUCUCUCACUGUUAUCUGCUACUGGUCAGUUCUCUGUAUAGGGCUACUCAAUCCUGUGCACACCUAGCCCAGGGCCGAGAUUUGAUUAUCUACAAUCUCAACAUAAAAUUUUUGAAUCAAGUGCUACUGAAAGAAAUCUGCUGAGUUACUGCUCUGUCUGAAAGUUUGUUUACUCAAUAAACAUGCAGGCUACUAAAAACUACCUUUUGGUAUCCAUGUCGAUUUAGUCUAUACAUUGAUAUGACUCCUCCCCCUUAUGGAUACAUGUCCAAUGGAGAUCAGAUCAAGCAUUACAUGAUUGCACACUAAUGAACGAUUUAUUUCUUCUUUAGAAAACACACACAAUGUACUGGAAACAUCGCUGGCCUAAGACAUGGCUUUUUUGUCCUGUCCAGAACUCUUGCAGCAGGGUUGAACUCACCAGCAAGUCCAGCCUGGGGUUGGUAUGAUGUAAAUGAGACUCCUGUGCAUCAUCAGAGGGGAAUUUCAGAUUAUACUGGUCAAUAUAUUUCAACUUUCAUGAUGGAGCAUUAUUAAUUCUUCUCCUAACUCCAUUGCAACAUUAUUUCCCACAUUCAGGGUGAGGCUGUGUAACUCCUCACUGCCCUUUAGAAGGGAAAAUAUUUUAGUAUGUUCCCCCAGUGCCACAAAACCCCUCUCUCCAGUGUCCGAAAGGCAGAGGAAGAACAUUAUUCUGCUCCUACUUUUGCAUCAUGAUGCUCCUAGUACUGCACAUGUAACAGUUAUGACUUCAGAUGACAUGUAAAUAAUUCCGGGUGGGUUUCGCUUUUCCAUCAUCGCAGCAGAAAUAAAAGUUGU